AUAAUGUCUAACAGACGACGUCAUCCUUCCACCACCAGACGUGUUUACCCACGGCUGGAGGUGCGAAGUCGAAACCGAGUCCGCCCGUCUCGAGACGCGCAUCUGUGGCCACGCGAGUCGCGACUUGCACGCGACCUGCCUUGCAAAAAAUUAAAAAUCCGGAAUCUGAAGAGGAAACAAGCCGUAGAAGUUGUUGAAUGGGGCGUUGUCUCUAGAUGAAAAAUGGCAGCUAGCGUGCAGUGUUUCUACUGUCGUGAGGACCUCGGCAACAGGAGGUUUGUGCGUAAGGAGGGCCGGCCAGUGUGCGUGCGCUGCCACACCAAGUUCUGCGCCAACAGCUGCGCCGAGUGCCACCGACCCAUCUCCGUGGAAUCCAAGGAGCUGAGCCACAAGGGCCGCUACUGGCACGAGGACUGCUUCCGAUGCGCCAAGUGCUACAAACCGCUGGCUAAGGAGCCGUUCACCACCAAGGAUGAGCGCAUCCUAUGUGGCAAGUGCUGCUCCAGAGAAGAGGCACCACGCUGCCACGCUUGCUAUAAACCCAUACUUGCUGGCACAGAGAGCGUGGAGUACAAAGGCAAUUCGUUCCAUGAUGAGUGCUUCAUCUGCUGCCAUUGCAAGCGACCGAUGGCGUCGCAGAGUUUCAUCGCCAAAGGAAGCGACGUCUUCUGCAGCCCCUGCUACGACGACAAGUUUGCGAAGAUCUGCGUCUCCUGCAAAAAGCCAAUAAUGUCCGGAGGGGUCAACUACCAGGAGCAGCCUUGGCACGGUCACUGUUUCGUGUGUAGCUCCUGCUCCAAACCUCUGGCUGGGUCCAGCUUCACCACCCACCAUGACCAGGUCUUCUGCGUGGACUGCUACAAGAGCACCGUCGCCAAGAAAUGCAGCGGCUGCCAUAUGGCCAUCACAGGUUUCGGAAAAGGGGUGAACGUGGUGAGCUACGACGGAGGGUCCUGGCAUGAACACUGCUUCAACUGCAAGCAGUGCUCCCUCAGUCUGGCCAACAAGCCCUUUGUGGCUAAGGGUCGCGACAUCCUGUGCUCCGACUGUGGCGGCAAGUAGUUAACAAAAACCUCUCGAUCCCACAGAACUGCCCCUAUCAUUGAGCUGUGCUUAAACAAUGGCCUUAAAUAUAUCUUUAUUUCAAUCACUUCCCUUUUAUGUACUAACCACGUUUUAAAGUGUGCUGCUCUCCUAAUAUUUACUUGACGAAUAGAUUCGUCGUUGGCAAUAAACGGUUGGAUUCCAGUUUACGAGUAAAGACGGCCACAGCAGUGACUGAUUUAAAUGUACAAUUUGGAAAAACAACAUGAAAACUUUCUGUCUUGACCACAUAUUCCUUUGAUACCCCAGAAAGAAUCUACCAUAUUUCCCCAAAUAAAAGCUCCCCUCAAAUAGACACCAUUUCCCACCAGUAAAAGUAGACCCGUAUGCUUUAUGUAUUUAUAUAGAAUAUGUAUUUAUACAGGCAAGAUGUGACAUGAUCCAAGACCACUUGUUUGUCUUCAUGAUGGUGCAUGCUAAUUCCUAGUUGCCUUUCAUUCCUUCAGUAUUUGCAUGAAGCGCAAAGCAAGCUUCUAUUGUUAUUGUUAUGAAAUUAAGGUUUUUAUACUGCAGCUGGUUCUCAUGUAUUUGUAACGUGAACUGUUAUACUUGCAAUCUUGAAAAAAAUAAAUACAAUUUAUACAUUCCUAAAAA